AUGUUAGAUAGGUAGUGUAGUUGUAGUCAUGUCCUAAUAUGCACGCAUGUUUUUCUUAUCAUUUUUGUGGUAUUACUGCAUGGAUAAUGUAAUAAGUUCUACUACAAUAAUAAUGUAUACAAAGUUAUUAGCAGGUUCCCCUAUUAUUUACAGCUGUAAAUAUCAACCUAUAGUUUUUUUUUGCACUUUUCAGUAAAUGUAAAUUAAUCAGAUUAGAUUUUUUAAAAUGAAAACAAAUAAUAAUUAAUUAGGACUGUUAUUAAAUCUAAUUAUGUAUAGAAAUAUAUUUUUAAAGAGACGAAAGUAUAUGGCGAUGGCUGGGUGUGCUCUGCUUUUUCUCAUAAUUUGGGUGCAUUUGAUGCGAUCACUUGACAAUGCUGCAGCAAGUUUUUCUGCAAACAAACCUUAUAUUGGAAAAUUUUAUGAUUGUGUAAACAACACUUGCAUACUUUCAAAAUUUCCAGUAAGUGAAAUGUAUAAUAAUCAAGCCAGUGGCUCAAUAGAUGUAUGUCGAUUGACAUGUGGACUUUAUGGAGCUUUAUGGCCACGACCUACUAUUAAAACUGAAAUAAAACAGUCGAUAAUACAAUUUGGAUACGAGAAUAUUAAACUAAAUUUGUCUUCCGUUGAAGAUGAACUUGGAAAACAAUAUAUAAAUGAAGCUUACCAAGUGUUCCUAGAUUCAUUAGGAAAUUUAUGCAAACCUCGAUGUAAUCCUUAUGCUAACUCAGUUACUAUAUUUGUUAGUAAUACUAGCUCCUUCGAAUACCUUAAAUGGACCACCAAUGAAAAAUACGAUUUAAGUAUCGUUACAGAAGGAGAUCAAAUUAAUGUAAAAAUUACUGCACAAACAGUGUAUGGAGUACGACAUGGAAUGGAAACUUUGCGCCAAUUGAUUACUUCAUAUGGUUCUAAAGAAUUAGGUUACAAUUUAGUUAUAGCCACUGAAGUUAACAUUAGCGAUCGACCCGUGUAUUCUCAUCGAGGUUUCAUGUUAGAUACGUCUAGACAUUUUUUUUCGAUGUCUAAAAUUAAGAAAACUAUCGAUGCUAUGGGCCAUUCCAAACUUAACGUAUUUCAUUGGCACGUAACUGACUCGCACAGUUUCCCAUUAGAUUUACCUAGUGUACCAUUAAUGUUCAAAUAUGGAUCAUACAGUCCAGAACAAAAAUAUUCAUAUGACGAAAUUAAAGAUCUAAUGAGAUAUGCUCUUGUUAGAGGAGUAAGAAUUAUAAUUGAAAUUGAUUCUCCUGCUCAUGCUGGAAAUGGUUGGCAAUGGGGCAAAUCUGAAGGAUUUGGCGAUCUUGCUGUUUGCGUUGAUAAAAAUCCGUGGAGAAAAUACUGUGUUCAACCACCUUGUGGUCAACUUAACCCUAUUAACAAUAACACUUACUUUUGGUUAGGUAAUCUUUACAAAGACAUUAUUAGCUUACUGCCUCAAGGAGAGGCUUUUCAUAUGGGAGGCGAUGAAGUUGCUAUAAAUUGUUGGAAUACUACUGAUCAAAUAGUCAAUUGGAUGAAAUCUAAAAAUAAAGAUCUAAGUGAAAAUUCAUUCUAUGAAUUAUGGUCUGAUUUCCAUAUCCAAGCACUUAAAGCAUUUGAUAAAAAAGCUGGAGAUUCCAAUUCCAAUAUUAUAGUUUGGUCUAGCGGUUUAACUGAACCAAGUAUAAUUCAAAAACAUUUGGAUAAUAAUCGAUUUAUCAUAGAAGAAUGGGAAAGCAGUACAGCUGCAGCACAGUUAACCGAAUUAGGCUAUAAAGUCAUAGUAGCUACCAAAGAAUUCUACUACUUAGAUCAUGGUUUUUGGCCUCCAACUAAUUACCAUUCAUGGAAGUUAAUUUAUGAAACUAAAUUGCCUAUUGUUAACAAUACACAUUUAAUUUUAGGAGCAGAGACGUGCAUGUGGUCAGAAUAUGUAGAUGAAAAUAGUGUUGACUUUAAAAUUUGGCCAAGAACUGCUGCACUUGCAGAAAGAUUAUGGUCUAACCCAAAAACAAGAGCACAAACUGCUGAAUACAGAUUGCUCCAGCAUAAUGAACGGCUUUUAAAACUCGGAAUAAAACCUGAUGCAAUAAUGCCAGAAUGGUGUUACGACCGCGAAGGUGAAUGUAAACUAGAAACGUGAUAUUUUUAAAAUUGUUCCUUUAAAUAAUAAUUUGAUUUCUUAAUUAAAUUUUUAUAUAUUAUAUUUAUUAUACAAUUUUUUGUUAGCAA